UGUGUGUGUGUGUGUGUGUGUGUGUGUGUGUGUGUGUGUGUGUGUGUGUGUGUGUGUGUGUGUGUGUGUAUGUUUGUGUGUGUUUGUUUUCACUGGUGUCAUUAGCGCCAUUAUUACUGUUGGAUUCUGCGGAGAUCUGUAACGCUCGCCGUCCGUUCAACACUAUCGUUGUCAUUGAGAAACGAAAAAACACGACAACGAUAAAGUGAUAAGUCCAAGUAUUAUCUCCCUUCAUCAUUAAAAUGUACAUAUCUACAUAUUUAAUACACGAAUAUCGGAGGUGCUAUCAAUAUCAUUUCUACUUCAGAAGUGACUGUUUUAAGUCGGGUCUCACCUUAUAUGUAUACUUGCAAGACGGUAAAUCUUAGCUGUUUCCAGGGCUGGCUGUGAUAUGAAAAUAAAUGGUAUUCUAAGUAUUUUUAUCCCAAUCUUAUCAGUGUGCUUGUGAUCGCUGAUGUGACAACACGUCCCCUCCUUGUUGCACGCCUUGUUCAGCUGGACAACCAUGUGGCUGGAGAUCCUGGCAGCGCUGGUGGUGGUGGUGAUGAGUGUGAGGUUCUGGUACAGAUACACGUCAGGCCACUGCACGAGCACCAGGUCCAUGGCGGGCAAGACGGUCAUUAUCACCGGCGCCACUGCAGGAAUUGGGAAGGAGACUGCUCGUGACCUGCUCCGACGUGGUGCCCGAGUCAUCAUCGCCUGCAGGAACCUGGAGAAAGGACACAAAGUGGCAGGUGAGCUGCUAUCUGAAGGUGACGGCCGCGGAGAGGUGGUGGUGCGCCGCCUGGACACCUCCAAUCUGUCCUCCGUCAGGACUUUCGCCAAGGAGGUGCUAGACACCGAGGGUGCCAUCCAUGUGUUGAUAAACAACGCGGGCGCUCCAGGCAUGGGGAAGAGACUGGUGACAGCUGACGGUCUCGAGCUAACCAUGGCCACCAACCACUUCGGCCACUUCCUGCUGACCAAUCUGCUGCUGGGACGGCUGAAGAAGUCUGGGCCAAGUCGCGUCGUUAACGUGACCUCCUUCGUACACAAGAUUCCUUCCAAAUCUGACUUGAAAGAUCUGGCAAUCACCAACGACUACAAACCAUUCAAAGCUUACAACAUCAGCAAACUGUGCAACGUGCUUUUCACCCGGGAACUGGCGGACAAGAUGGCUGGCACAGGUGUAACAGUGAAUUGCCUCAAUCCAGGUAUCGUGAGGACUGAAAUUUUUGAUGCAGUGAACUUCAAUUACAGAGCCUUUUUGAUUUACAUACUGCUUCAGGUCACCUCUAAGGACGCAGUCUCCGGUGCCCAGACCAGCAUCCACCUGGCAGUGUCGGAGGAGGUGGAGGGCGUGACCGGCCGUUACUUCUGUGACUGCAAGGAGGCGCCUAUGAGUGAUUUGGCACGCAGCAAGGACAUGGCAACCGAGCUGUGGGAGGCCAGCGUGAAAGCUGUCGGGCUGAGGCAAGAUGAGAUUCACUACUGAUGUCUUGGCCGCUGUCAGUCACCAUGGUUUGGCCGCGCUGGUCGCCGAUCACUCACCACCCGACAGCUGAGCCACCAGCCUUUCAUCUUCGAACCACUUGCUGAAUUCUCACACCAGGGCGAGAGUUUUCCUAUCAACUGCGUUCUGUAAGGGUUCUGAAUAUCCUGCCAGUCCUCUGACUUUCAAAUACUUGGACAGUUUCAAUUUGGCUAGAACUGUUUCAAGUGCCGAAACAGUCUAUAAAUAAAGUGAUCAAUAUUAGGAAACUUUCUCUAUUUGACUCUUCAGAAGCUGAAGUUCAUUUGAAUUUAUUUCUAUUAAUAGAGAUUCCUCAGUAUUCUAUAUAUGUUAAAAGGAUAAAGUGUUUAAAGGUUUUGAAUACUCUUCUGAAAAGGCUGCACAUUAAGGCUUUGAAUAGACUUGUUAUCCUUUUAACGAAGAUUUUAUUCAGGUUUUUGCAGUUCAUUAUUGCUGAAGACUAAAGUUUGUAGUCCAAUUUAUGUACCGAAUGCAGCUUCUGUGGUUAAUAUAUUCUGGAAAAAGAAAGCGAGACUUAGGUUAACUAUAGUGAAUGAAUUAUCACACUUAUACAACGUGAUUUAUGUAACUGUAAACUAGUAAAACAUAAAGUAAACAAAUUUUGCAAACUUAAAACAAAAUUAAUGUUUGUAGGUGUGGUCAGCCAUGUAGUGUGCGCCCUUUUCUGUCCAUAGAGGGAACCCCUGCCCCUCUACGUACAAAGCUUUUACAUUAGGCGUAUUCAUUUCCACCUUCAUUGGAUCAUAUGUACCCAAGAAAUAUAUUAAUCUAUUUAGAGAGAUCACA